AUGAGGCAGCAGAACUGGUAUGGGCUGUCAGCGAAGAUGGGCACAGUGCUGUCAGGGGCUUUUUCCAUCAUGGCCACCCACAUGCACCUCAUCUUCGAAAAGAAGUACCUUGGGAACGACAACUGCACGAGUAGCCUCCAGAGUCAGGGCAUCAAUGUUGUGAGAUACUUCUUCAUCUGCUGGAGCUUCAAAAUCAUCCUGUUCCUGUCCCUCGUCACCAUGGCCGUCAGCUGCUUCCUCCUGUACUCCGUGUAUGCCCAGAUUUAUGGGGGUCUCAUGAGCUACACCAUCUGGAUCUUCACCUAUGAGUCCAUCAACCUGGUGGUCCAAAUCCUCACCGAUGAGUUCUGCAUGACGCUGGUCAGAGCCAUGCGCUGGUUCGGUUGGGUGUCCCGGGCGUCCCUACACAGCUUCUGUCUGUACUUUGUCGUUACCCAUGCCCAAAUCAUCUACCAGAGCAAGAAACAGGGCAACAUACUCUCUUACCAUAGGCGUAUCUCUUUGGGAGCUGGAGACAACCCUCGGCGGAAAUCCAAGAUUUUAACUUUUGUCCACCAUUACAAUGAGUAA